AUGUUUAUUUGGCCUGUUUUCACAUUUUUGAUAGGAAUUGUUGAUUCUUGCAUUCCAACGCAACAAGUUGAAAGUGAGUUAGGCUAAAUAUUUUGACGGUUUGAGGAAGGUAUGCAAUUUCCAGCGACAACAACUUCUACAACGACGACAUCUACGACGACAACGAGUACUACAACUAGUCCCUAUGGUAAGUAUGGCCCAGCGAGUGUAAACAGCAGGUUCCCACCGCUUCCCACCCCCAAAUUCCAUUUCCAGUCUGCCCGGUAUGCAAAGAAAUCUACGCAGUAACCUCUUGCCCAAAGGACACCGCAACCGAUUAUUGCCUAACUGCAGCACAAGUCGGUGGAGUAACCUAUACCUUAGGUCAAAUGUCAGACGGUUAUGGCGAUUCGAACACCUGUUCAAUUGAUCUAGCAUGCCCUUCAGGUAUUCUUCCGGUUUAUACAAGAUCUGGAGGUUCAACUUCUUCAUUGGGUAAUCUAGUUGCAACAUGUUCGGAAUUGACUGGAGUUUGGCAGUUCAAACAAACCACAAAUGAUCCGAUUACCAAUGCUGUUUGUAGAGGUUCUUGA